UGUGUGACAGAAGUAGUAGGAAGUGAGCUGUUCAGAGGCAGGAGGGUCUAUUCUUUGCCAAAGGGGGGACCAGAAUUCCCCCAUGCGAGCUGUUUGAGGACUGGGAUGCCGAGGACGCGAGCGAGCCGGGCAGGGUUUGUCUGGGCACCGUCGGGGUAGGAUCCGGACCGCAUUCGGAAGGCUUUUUGCAGGCAUUUGCUUGGAAGGAGAACUUGGGAUCUUUCUGGGAACCCCCGCCCCGGCUGGAUUGGCCGAGCAAGCCUGGAAAAUGGUAAAUGAUCAUUUGGAUCAAUUACAGGCUUUUAGCUGGCUUGUCUGUCAUAAUUCAUGAUUCGGGGCUGGGAAAAAGACCAACAGCCUACGUGCCAAAAAAGGGGCAGAGUUUGAUGGAGUUGGGUGGACUUUUCUAUGCCAUUUGCCUCCACACCUAGAGGAUAAGCACUUUUGCAGACAUUCGGUGCAGGGGAGAUCAUGUUUGACUGUAUGGAUGUUCUGUCAGUGAGUCCUGGGCAAAUCCUGGAUUUCUACACUGCGAGUCCGUCUUCCUGCAUGCUCCAGGAGAAAGCUCUCAAAGCAUGCUUCAGUGGAUUGACCCAAACCGAAUGGCAGCAUCGGCACACUGCUCAAUCGAUUGAAACCCAAAGCACGAGCUCCGAGGAACUGGUCCCCAGCCCUCCGUCUCCGCUUCCUCCCCCUCGUGUGUACAAACCCUGCUUCGUCUGCCAGGACAAAUCAUCCGGGUACCACUAUGGGGUCAGCGCCUGCGAGGGCUGCAAGGGGUUUUUCCGCAGAAGUAUUCAGAAGAACAUGAUUUACACUUGUCACCGAGAUAAGAACUGUGUUAUUAAUAAAGUCACCAGGAAUCGAUGCCAGUACUGCCGACUCCAGAAGUGCUUUGAAGUGGGAAUGUCCAAAGAAUCUGUCAGGAAUGAUAGGAACAAGAAAAAGAAGGAGCCUUCGAAGCAGGAAUGCACGGAAAGCUAUGAGAUGACGGCUGAGCUGGACGAUCUCACAGAGAAGAUCCGAAAAGCCCACCAGGAAACCUUCCCGUCACUCUGCCAGCUGGGUAAAUACACCACGAACUCCAGUGCUGACCAUCGAGUCCGACUGGACCUGGGCCUCUGGGACAAAUUCAGUGAAUUGGCCACCAAGUGCAUUAUUAAGAUUGUGGAGUUUGCUAAACGUCUGCCCGGCUUCACCGGCUUGACCAUUGCAGACCAAAUCACCCUGCUGAAGGCCGCCUGCCUGGACAUUCUGAUUCUUAGAAUUUGCACCAGGUAUACCCCAGAACAAGACACCAUGACUUUUUCAGAUGGCCUUACCCUAAAUCGAACUCAGAUGCACAAUGCUGGAUUUGGUCCUCUGACUGACCUUGUGUUCACCUUUGCCAACCAGCUCCUGCCUUUGGAAAUGGAUGACACAGAAACAGGCCUUCUUAGUGCCAUCUGCUUAAUCUGUGGAGACCGCCAGGACCUUGAGGAACCAACAAAAGUAGAUAAGCUACAAGAACCACUGCUGGAAGCACUAAAAAUUUAUAUCCGAAAGAGACGACCCAGCAAGCCUCACAUGUUUCCAAAGAUCUUAAUGAAAAUCACAGAUCUCCGCAGCAUCAGUGCGAAAGGUGCAGAACGUGUAAUUACCUUGAAAAUGGAAAUUCCUGGAUCAAUGCCACCUCUCAUUCAGGAAAUGCUGGAGAAUUCUGAAGGACAUGAACCCUUGACCCCCAGUUCGAGCGGGAACCCAGCGGAGCACAGUCCCAGCAUCUCACCCAGCUCGGUGGAAAACAGCGGGGUCAGUCAGUCACCACUGGUGCAAUAAGACACUUUCCAGCCACUUCAAACAUUCCCCAGUACCUUCAGUUCCAGGAUUUAAACCGCAAGAAAGAAACAUUUUUACUGCUGCUUAGUUUUCGGACUGAAAAUAUAUUAAAACUCAAGAAGGACCAAGAAGUUUUCAUAUGUAUCAAUAUUUACUCCUCACUGUCUAACUUACCUAGAAAUACAAACUUUUUAAAUUCUAAAACUCAGCCAUUUCGUGCAACCAGAAACUAGUUAAAAGCUUCUAUUUUCCUCUUUGAACACUCAAGAUUGCAUGGCAAAGACCCAGUCGAAAUGAUUUACCCCGGUUAAGUUUCUGAAGACUUUGUACAUACAGAAGUAUGGCUCUGUUCUUUCUAUACUGUAUGUUUGGUGCUUUCCUUUUGCCUUGCAUACUCAACCAAGACACCGAGGUUGUGGAACAGACUACUGCACGCGUCCAGCUAAGAGAGGCUCAAAAAAAUAACUUGCUUUCACAGAGUAAUCAGGACACCAAGCCCGACCGCUCCGUGGCAGAGAAGGUGCUUCAGAAGUGAAAUCUGAUGGGAAGAUGUCCACAUCUGAAUCCUGAUCAAAAGAGGUUUU